GACACCGGCACUGCUACCAGCAAUAGGCAGCAUGGCGCCCGUCCGCACGCUGACAAUCGCAGGGAGCGAUAGUGGCGGCGGUGCGGGCAUUCAGGCUGAUCUCAAGACAUUCACUUCGCUCGGCACGUACGGUCUGACCGUCAUCACAGCUCUGACCGCUCAAAAUACUCUCGGUGUCGAUGCGAUCGAAGCCGUCAGUCCUGCCUUUGUCAGGCAGCAGCUCAAAUCUGUACUCAGCGAUCUCGGAGCGGAUUGUAUCAAGACGGGCAUGCUUGCGAACAAAGACAUCAUCAAUGCCAUCGCAGACGCAUUGGAUGAAACCUACGGAGCGCAAUGGCCCGCACUGAUUGUCGAUCCCGUCAUGGUCUCCACUUCUGGUCACAAGCUACUCGAAGAUGAUGCAAUCGAUGCCUUGAAGACUCGUUUGCUCCCACAUGCGACCCUUGUGACCCCUAACAUGCCAGAGGCCAAGAUACUCGCUAGCCUGGACACUCGCGACAUUGAUGGCCUCGCCGACGAGGAAUUGAUGCAGAGGUACUGUCAAGCAAUAGCAGGCGCUGGCUGUGACGUGAUCGUCAAGGGCGGUCAUCUCAAGGGCGAUAUCGUCCUCGAUCUCCUGUUCCAGCAUGAAGAUGACAGCUUCACGCGCAUAGAGCACAGUCGAAUCGAGACAACAUCGUCCCACGGAACAGGCUGUACUCUAUCUGCUGCAAUAUGCGCAUACUACGCACAGACGCACAAUGUCGAGCAAAGCGUAAGAUCAGCGUCAGGCUACGUCCAUCGCGCGCUCGCUACAGCAUACCCAAUGGGCAGCGGACAUGGUCCAGUACAUCAUACGCAUAGCAUAGAGCAUCGUAUUGUGCCUCUUCCCACUGCGCAAGAUCCUUUCCCAUUCACCUCAAUGCUCAUCGAAAGCUGCGAUGAUCUGUGGCAAAGGUACACGCGAACGAAUGCCUUUGUGCGCGGCAUCCAGACUGGCAAGCUGCCUGUCUCUGCCUUCGUGUACUUUUUACGGCAAGACUACCUCUUUUUGCUCCAGUACGCACGUAUCUUCUUGCUGGCCAUCUUCAAGUCCACCACGCUUGAGGAAAUGCAAGAGGCAGCUCAGACAGUGCUCAACAUCUUUCGAGAAGCCUCAAUGCACAUUGAGCGCUGUAAAAAGUGGGGCAUCACAGAGCAAGAGUUCCACCAGACGCGCGAAGCCUUUCAUACUGUGGGCUACACACGCUUUGUCAUGAGCGAGUCCACCAAAGGUGGCUUGCUAGAACUCAAACUCGCUACUGCGCCCUGCCUCAUCGGCUACGGUGUCAUCGGCAAAGUCCUUGCAGCUGAUCCUGCUACCAAUACUACUUCAAAUCCAUAUCUCGAAUGGAUACACGAGUAUGCGGGCGAGGACUUCCAGCAUGCUGUCGUGCUUGGCCAAAGCAGUCUCGAGAAGAUCGGCAGAAAGCUGGUAGGAUCUACAGAAGCUUUCGAAAACGCCAAAGCAAUUUUCAGAGAAGCCGUCAAGCUCGAGAUCGCAUUCUUCGAGCAAGCCCUGCAAGAGCAUCCCGAAGAUCAAGAGAUCGAGCAUGAGUAUGUGCCUGCCAAUUGUGCCUCAGCUACUCGAGCGCCGCAAACCAAACUUCAUGCCGUGUUGUCCACGCCAUUUAUGAGUACUAGUGACACCUUCAUGUCCGGCCGAUGCUCGAAAAACGCCAGCGAAGCCUUCAUCUCGCAGACCUACAUCAUGUCCCUGUGUCUAGCAAGGUGCAUCGCCAUGUCAUUGAGCAAAGAGCUUAGCCGCUUCGAUCCAGACGUACCUACUCUUGUCGGCCACUGCCUCGGCACGGCAGCUAGUAUUCGACAACUUGCUCAGGACCGCGGGGUAGCAGAUGUCAGCAAUGCGCAGCCCUCGGACAUAACCAGUGCGUACUGCGGCUGGCUCAUCGACAUUGCUGUUUCCCGACCUCGUCGCUACAUCCAGAUAGCGAUGUCGCUUCGUCUUCAGGAGCAGGAGAUUAUGUCAUUACGAAAGUCAAUUAAUCGGGCAGGCCAGCAUUACCCCUGCCAAGGAGACGAAGAAGCGCAGCAGAUCGCAACGCACGAAAACGCCGCUCGCUUCGAGCGUGCUUUUGCAGACCAAUUUGCUUUGUGUUGACAACAACAAUCAUAGACAGCAGCAAGUGCAAGAUAUUAGAGCCUACGCCGAUGCUUUGGCGGCAAGUCGUCUUGCUUCCUGUGGCGUGAAGUGCAGAAUCGUGCCGAGCACGCUCAGGAGAUGAGGUCGCAUUUCUUUGUGUUCGAGAAAUUGCAGUAUCACAUUCCU